AUGGCCACCAUCACUGAAACUGCCGUGACUCCAUCCCCGAUCAUUCCCGUUGUCCCUGGACAACAGAGAAUCAAAAUUGAUGGAACUGAUCCAGUUUACGGAGACUGGCGCGAUGAUUUGAUUCGCGAUGGAUAUGCGGUUAUCAAAGGAGCAAUCCCAAAAGAUCGUGCCGAGAAAUACGCAGACAAGAUGUAUUCUCUUCUCGAGUCCUUCAACCUUGGCUAUGAUCGAAACGAUCCUUCCACGGUCCAUCCCGACAAACUCCCAGUCAUCACCGAAAAAGGCAUGCUUUUUAACUAUGCAGCAUGCCACGAAGACUUUGUUUGGGCUGUUCGAAGUGAGCCAGGCAUCAUCAGCGCCUUUGAAAAGGCUUAUGGAACCGAGGAUUUGAUUGUUUCCUUUGAUGCCAUAAACUACGGUUUCGCAAAUCGAACUCAUCUGCCGGAGAACAAACCAUGGCCACACCAAGAUCAAGAUCCCGAUAAGCCAGGGUUUAGAUGUCUACAGGGUCUUGUGAAUUUGCACGAUAAUGGACCUGAUGAUGGAGGUCUUAUUGUUUGCAAGAACGCUCACCUCCUGAGCGAGCAGUUUCAUGAAGAAAUGAAGCAUGAAAAGAGAAUCCCACAAUGGACUCCUGAGUGGUACGGCUACACCGAAGCUGGUCUAAAAUGGCUGAAAGAUCAUGGUUGCGACUGGCACAAGGUCUGUGGCGAGGCUGGAGAUCUCAUCGUGUGGGAUUCAAGAACGCCACAUUACAAUGUCCCGACAAAGACUAAUGUCGAUCGGCUUGCCAUUUAUACUUGCUACAUGCCUGUCGCGGAUGCCACUCAGGAGGACUUGAUUCGGAAAAAGAAGGCGUUUGAAGAGAGGGUGGGCACAACGCACUGGCCAAAUGCCAUGAAUGUCGGAUGGAAUAUUGCCAAGCGGAACGGAGUGCCAGAUAAAAUUCAACGAAGCAGGCCACUGAAUGAACCUGUGCUGAGCGAGAGAGCUUUCAAAUUAACAGGGAUUCCAUAUAUUAAGACCUAG